AAAAGAAUGAGAAUCAAAAUUGAACAGCAGAAUCUAUCCCAAGACUCCUAGUUUCAACAAUCGGACUCUACCGUUUGCAAGAGCAGUGUUGCCACAUUAUUCUCAUUGUGCCGUGUAUCCGAGUUUCCUACACACGGUGAGACAUGCCUCGCCGCGUGUAGCGAGGCACUAGUUUCUGAUACAUACAUAUCAGGUUGCAUGACGUAUCGCUGAGGCAAUCGUUGUAAGCUACGUACGAGAGACGACACUUACCCGAGCAACUUGCCUCGAGACAGAGAUCGUAAAUUUUGGGAAGAAUUCAUCGCGUUGUACAAGAGUUUCCCGUGCUUGUGGGAUAUAAGAUCGAAGUCGUACAUGGACAGAAAUCUAAGAAACCAUGCGAUGGACGUUUUAAUCGACAAAUGCAAAGAGAUAAAUUCCAUGUCGAAUAAAGAUUUCGUUAAUAAAAAAAUUCACAACUUGCGAUGCAGUUUCAGAAGAGAGUUGAAUAAAGUUAAACGGGCGAAAGCGUCGGGGAAAAACGUAUACGUACCGAGUCUCUGGUAUUUCGAUAAUUUAAGUUUUAUAACAAACUGUGAUGAUGCGAAGAAGGGGGAAAAUUUUAACGAUGCUGAUGCGGAUUUGGAAAUUGAUCGUGACGAUAAUGGAAGACAAGACGACAUCGAUAUAAGAGGAAAUAAUUUAUCGCCAUGUUCGGAAGUGUCGAGCAGGCCAAGUUCUUCUUUAUCAUCAACAUCUUCGGUUACGAAAAAAGUAUUGAAGCGAAAAAGAAAAAGCGGAGGCAAAAACUAUCAGCUAGCCGAGAUGACAAAUACAAGCUUAAAUGACAAAACAACUAAUUCUCGGAUUCAAGAAGAUUGGCUUGAUAUUACUGGGAAAAAGAUUGCUUAUGAUCUUCGAGAGUUGAACGAGCGGCAGAGAAUAAUAGCGGAAAAACUUAUAAGCGAUGUUAUAUUCUAUGCAAAAUUAGAUAAAUUGAACGAAAAUUAUUCGAUAACCGAUGCACAACAAACUUUUUUCAACGUAAGAUUGAAAAACGAGAGAGAGAAUAAUUCUUCAUCGUAAAAUUAUUUCAAUUUCAA